CUUUUUCUGUGUUCAACAGUAGCUCAGUAGUUAUGCAGCGCGGCCACUAAUCUGCGAUGCAUAUGCUGGGAGUCAGAAGGCUGCAGCGCGCAUUGCCACGAAUGUUCAGGCAGCGCCGCUUCCAGUCCGUGAGCGUUGAGGAGGCGCGGAAACGCAUGCGGGUGGCCCACGAGUCAGCGAAGGUCCACGAGGCAGCGAAGGCCCGGGGUGCACGCACUGUGAGCGCCCAGACUGUGGACACCGGCUUCUCGGUGGUUUUCGGCCUUUGUAUCGCUUGCUGGUACUUUGACUGGUUCUCUGCCUGGGAGACCACCCCACUGGAGCGGCUGGCGGCCUGGCUGCGGGAACGGCACGUGGCGGUGGUUGCCUUCGAGCUGGAUGGUGUGAUAUGCUGCAGGUCCCGCGGCAAGCAGGGUGUCUCGCUCUUUCAGCUCGAGGACUACUUCGGUGGCGUCAGCCAAGACUUUGCCGAGCUGGCGCCUGCGCUGGCGCGCCGGAGCUACCCCAUGGCUGUAGUCAUCAGAGGUGCCAGUGCCGCAGAAGAAGGCCGUACCUUUGGCUGGCGGCAAAAAGAGGUGAAGGCACCGGAGUUUGUUGAUGGCCCAGAGCUGGCCCGGAAGCUCCUGGUGAGCCGCUGUCCCGGCGCCGCUGACAACUUUAAGAUCUUUGUCACAGACGUGGAAUCGUCCAAGGACACUUGGCAGAGUACUGACGAGUGCAUCCAAAGGAUUGCCAAAGAGCACCGGGUGCCAGCUAGGCAAGUGGUGAUCUUCACUGCUCCUUGGAUCUGGAAAGAUGAGGGAACAUGGUUCAGGCUUCUAGAGCUUGCGAACAAGAUGGAGGUAAUGAAGAAUGGACGGGCAUUCGUGUGCCGAAUGCAAAAGAAGGCUUCCGCUACAGCGAUCUCCAGCUUCCAAGCAUGGAGGAGGAAGGUCCUUUGUCCCUGCCGUUGACACGGUGGUGGAACCAGGCCGUCACGCUCAUCACUUCGAAAAGACCUUGAUUUCGCCCAGAGAAA